UCAUUCGUUGUUUGCUUCUUCAGAAUAUUCAUGGUCUUGUCCUUCGGAAUAAUCAUAGUUUUCUGCUUGGGAAAAGUCAUAACCUUCUCCUUCUGGCUCAAUCAAUUCAAUUUCUUCCUCAUUUUCUUAACAUUUUCUGCUUCAUAUAUAGAUUCUUCCUCAAAAAGAAUCCCUCCACUAGAUUCGCUGAAGUAUCGUGAGUCAACUUCAAAUUCCUCUUCAUAGAAAUCUGCAUGAUCUCUUAAUGCAUUAUUCCAAUUUGACUGAUUACAAAACAUUUUUGACUUUGACUUCAGCUUGUUUAAUUUAUUAAAAAAAAUUUGGUUUCUGAGAUUCCGCUAAUUCUCUCCCAUGAAUUUCUUCUAUUACUGCCAAACAGUACGUGUGCUGUGUUGCAAGAUUUAACGUUUUGUCGCGAAGAAUUUCACAGAGUGUUUUCUUCGUAAGUGUUGAAUUUUGGUUCAU